AUGGAUCUUUUCAGGGCUUUAACAAGAGGUGCGUCGUUGGAUAAAUCCAAAUCUGGUAGUGGAAGUUUUACAAAAGCUACUAGUGCGCAGAUCAGAGGUCAGCAGGGAAAGCAGAAGGCUUUAAAAGAAGAGGUGGAAAAAGAAAUAGAUUUUUUCCAUGAUCACAAAAUUGAAAAGCAUACUGCCGAUGAAUUAGAAGAUGAAACUAAGGAUAAGAAUGAAGGGCAAGAUGACCUCCCUCCUCCAAAGAUUCAGACAGAGGAAGAUGCCUCAAAGUUAAGGAAGAAAUAUGGCAUUAAAACAUCAGGAGAAGAUUUACCAUUGCCGAUUGGAUCCUUUGAAGAUUUAGUUACUCGGUUCAAACUCAACCGUACCUUAUUGGACAAUUUACUUAAAGAGGGCUUUACUGAGCCUACACCUAUUCAAUGUGAAGCUAUUCCAGCAGCAAUGUAUGAUCGUGAUAUUAUUGGCUGUGCACCUACAGGUUCUGGUAAAACAUUAGCAUUUCUUAUACCGUUAGUACAAUCCUUGCUAGAUUUCAUUAGUCCACAAAAUUCAGUUAAAGGAAAGUCAACAAAAGGUUCCGGGAUUUAUGGACUGGUGGUUUCCCCUACGAAGGAAUUAGCAUAUCAAAUAUUUUCAGAACUUUCAAAGAUUGUGAAUGGUGUUCCUGGAAUAAAGGUUGCAUAUUUAAACAAAAGUCUGGCUGCUAAGCUUCGAAACAAGGUUAUUCAGUCGUCUAAGUUCAACAUCAUAAUCACUACUCCUCUUCGAUUAAUCAGUUUAGUAGAAGAUGAUGCAAUCGAUCUUAGUCACAUACAUCAUAUCGUACUUGAUGAAGCCGAUAAAAUGUUCGAAUCGAAUUUUGUUGAGCAGACAGACCGAAUCCUUACUGCUUGUACAAACCCGCAUUUGAGAAGAUCCAUUUUUUCAGCCACCAUAACAUCUAGUGUGGAGGAAAUUGCGCAGAGUGUUAUGACAUAUCCGGAGAGAAUAAUUGUUGGACAUAAAGAGGCAGCUAAUACAAAUAUUGAACAGAAGUUGGUGUUCUGUGGUGAUGAGCAUGGAAAGUUAAUAGCAAUAAGGAAUAUGAUUCAGCAGGGUGAAUUUAAGCCCCCUGUAAUCAUCUUUUUACAGUCAAUCCCCCGUGCAAAGGCGUUGUUCCACGAAUUAAUCUAUGAUGGUCUCAAUGUCGAUGUUAUUCACGCAGAAAGAACACAAGUCCAGCGUGAAAAGGUUCUUGAGAAAUUCAAGCGUGGAGAAUUAUGGUGUCUCAUCUGUACGGAUGUUUUAGCUCGAGGCAUUGACUUUAAGGGGAUAAACAUGGUGAUUAACUAUGAUGUUCCAAAUUCGGCCCAAGCUUAUGUGCAUAGAAUAGGACGUACUGGUAGAGCUGGAAGGAUUGGAAGAGCGGUCACAUUUUAUACUAAAGUCGAUAUGGAUUUAGUGAAGACAGUAGUCAACGUUAUGAAACAGAGUGGGUCAGUCGAAGGUGUUCCAAAAUGGCUUCGUGAAGGAAUGCCAAAGCUUUCCAAAAAGAAAAAGCACGAGUUGAAACGAAAUCCCGUGAAAAGGGGAAGAAUUAGCACUGUUCCGAAUAUUGAUAGUAGAAAGAGAAAGAAACGCAGAGAUAUGAUAGACGGCUCCAAGAGAAGAGAACUUUUGAACAGGCCAAAGAAUCGGAAGUUACAAGAUAACGAUCACCAGGCUGCAAAUAGAAAUUAA